AUGGACGAUGAAGCAGUGCGACUGGAAGAAAUACAGUCAAUUGAAGCGAUUUUUAGCGAUAUUGUUUUUUUGGAAAGUGAAACUCGCAUUGUUGUCAAAUUUGAUUCUAGUGUACAGCUAACAGUUGAUUUACCAUUCGAUUAUCCAUCAAGGUCACCUCCAAGUUUUGAGUUUAGUGGCCCAUCGUUAACACCUGAACAAAAACGGAUGAUAACGAACGAAUUACAAGAAAUAUAUAUGCGUCAUUUAGGAGAGCCAGUUCUUUAUCAAUGGAUUGAAUAUUUGAAUAGAUUUUUGGAGGAUAUGCAGAGGAAAACUGUUGCAGAAGAAAAAAAAGAACCUUAUGUCAUUGAAUCGACAUCGAGUAAUAUGGAUAAAUCCUUAGAUAAAAAAGUACCACCAUUUAUCAGUGGAGAUGUUAUUUGUGAUCGUAAAAGUACGUUUCAAGCACACGUUGCUGCCAUUACAUCGGAAGAAGAGGCUAUGCUUGUUUUAAAUAAAUUAAAAGAAAAUGGUAAAAUAGCUCGUGCUACUCAUAAUAUUUAUGCCUGGAAUGUGGAUAAAAUUGUCAGUGGUCGAUUAAUAAAACAACAUGAUUGCGAGGAUGAUGGAGAGACAGGCGCUGGCGCAAAAUUACUGAAUCUACUCGAUAUGAUGAAAGCUCGCAAUGUAAUCGUCAUCGUUACACGUUGGUAUGGCGGUAUCCAUCUUGGUCCGGACAGGUUCAGGCAUAUAUGUAAUGUAGCUCGUGAAAUACUUCUUCAAAAUGGAUUUUCAAAUCGCUCAUAG